AUGCCGCUGGUACUACGCUUGUUGCAAGUCAUCGGAGUUUGGGAUGACCACCAGUAUCGCUACAAGUACAUCUUGGUCUUUGUGGCCUACUGUUUUGGCAUCGUGAUCCCAAAGGUGUGCUUCGGAUUUCCCACGCUGGAGGCUUCUAUCCGGGGGUAUGCUGAGCUUAUUCUCGAAACUAACGUGUUUGCCGGUAUGCUCAUGUUUUACUUGCGGUACGAAUAUUUCGAGCAGUUCGUUGUGGAAUUGCGAUCGUUCGUUUCAAAAGCGUACUGCAUCGCACCACUCUGGAGUAACUAUUCUGGCUAUAUGACCGCCAUGGCAGAUGGCAACAACGGCACCACAUUCGAGUUCAGUCUCUACCUCGAACAGGAUUUCUACUGGCUUAACACCCGUACCUCCGUACUCGGAUACUCUAUCUGUACUGUGUUCAUGUUCCCGCUCAUGUAUCUUUGUGCCUAUACCGGUACGGUUAAGACGGUGACGGUGUUCAACACGAUCAAGUACUGUCAAUCUGUGCUGCGAAUUGUAGUGAUGAAGUUGGAAUAUAUGAAGACGUUCCCGGACGUACGCCACCAAAGCGAUGCAUUGUCUGAAGUACGGGAACUCCAUCAGCGUGCGCUCCGUUGUGCAGAGUUGCUGGAGUUGGUUCUUCAACCACUACUUCUGAUGCAGUUCGUGCUGUGCAUCUUGAUCUGGGGCACAAUGAUGCUAUAUUUCUCAGUAUCAGGAAUCAACGUGAAGUUCAUCAACAUGUUCUUACUCUUCCUGUUCGUGUCUAUAGAAACCUUUGGAUAUUGUUAUCUUGGCACUCAGUUAUCUCAGGAGAGCAUCAACGUUGGACAGGCACUCUACGAUUGUAACUGGAGCGAUUUCGACCGAGAAAGGAAGAAAAACAUCGCCUUUAUGAUACUGCGAACUCAGUGCCAGGUGGGACUAACAGCGGCCAAAUUUCGCCUCGUCAACAUGGAGCAGUUUGGUGCGAUGCUCAACAUGUCGUAUUCCUUCUUUGUGGUGCUUAAGGACGUAUUUUAA